AAGGCCGCGGGCACGUGACGGGAAGCGCUUGCGUUUUCAGCUGCAACCCGAGCUAAGGAUAAUCGGAAAUCGCACAUCCAGGCGUCAAUCCCGUAAUGGGGGACAUGAAGACCCCAGAUUUCGAUGACCUGCUGGCAGCGUUUGACAUACCAGACAUCGACGCCAAGGAGGCAAUACAAUCCGCGCCGGAUGAGGCGGAGGGACCUCACGGGCCCACUGGGGCGCCACUGGGGAAGACAGACAACACGGUGGGGUUGCCGAGCCCCUCGGACCCGCAGGGUGACACAUCCAUCGUGAGCGUGAUUGUAAAAAACAAAGUGCGUGCCGAAGCGGCAGCGGGUGAAGAAGACGGAGCUGCAGAACCGGACGCCAUCGACGUAAUCGCCGGGGUGGACGUGGGUCCUCGUCUUGGCGGGAUGGCGGAAUCUGAUGUCCUCAACCACAAUGGUUUUGGCGUGUCCGGCGUCUCCGCCACGCUUUCCGUCAGCCAGUCCAAUGGCGCCCCGUGGCCCCUGAACACCCCUAAAGCAUCAGCAGAAACUUCAGUCGCGGUCAAGUCCAACAAGCAGGGAGGGAACAUUUUUAACAGACUGAAGCCUCUGCUAGGCCCCGGUUCGGGAGAUCCGGUGGGCCGGGCGAGAAAGAUGCAGCUCCUGCAGCAACAGCAGCAGGAAGCUGUGCAGGAGAGAGCAGACAGUCACAAAGCAACACUACCGUCUGGAUCUUCUGCAGGACUGUCACCACCUUACUUUGCACCCACAAAGCCUCUCCCCGCUCCACCUGCCACCCUUUCGCCACACGUCAAGCCUUUUAACGGUGCCCCCAAAAUACCGGAAUACCAGCACCAGCAGAUGGAGGAAGAAGAAGAGGAUGAUUCAGAUGCAGAUUUGGAUAGUCCACUUGUCAUCCAGGAAAACACAGACUCGCCGGUUUCCACUCAGAUAAACCGUCGUUAUAAGGAUCUAACCCAGCCUCCGGCAUCUAUUCCGCCUCACCCAAAGCCGGGGUACACCCCCCAGGGAGCGUUUAUGACUCCUGAGUCGGUCUCGGCUGGAAACGAAACACCUCAGCCAGAGGAGAAGCACCCGGAGCACAUCAUCGAAGAGAGGGACUCGCCGGAAAGCCCUGAACCCGAGAUGCCCAAGUCAACGGCUCAAGUGGUGUCUGCCAAAAGGUGUUCCAGUCCUGCUGGGGUCUCCACACCACCUUCAUCUGAGCUGAGAGAGCCCAAGCAAGAAGAGGAGGAGAUGGAGGUGGGGAACGGGAUGGACAAGGCGGAGGAUGGGAACGUGGACAAGCCGGAAAAUGCGUGCGAGGAGAAGACCGAGGCAGAUGAGGACAAGCCUAAAGCUGUCCUCCCUGAGGGGGGGGUGGUCACCGCACCGGCAGCCCCCGGGACUCCCUCACGGCCCCUCAAAGUCCGAAUAAAAACCAUUAAGACGUCCACGGGCGGCAUCACCAGAACGGUGACGAGGGUAGCCCCUAAGGGUGGCGCGGGAGGAAAAGCUUCCGACGCAAAAGGGGGCGGUGAGCGCAAGGUGUUGGGAAGCAAAGGUCAAAGGUCUGAGCAGCAGCAGAACGCCAGCGCCUUAAACGCCCUGCCGGUGUCCACGCUUGCCGCUAGCAGCGUCAUGCUCGCCGCCGCCACCAAAGUACAAAACAAAAUGGCCACCUCCGACAAGGCUAAAGUUUCCGUCACCGCUGUCAAUAUCACAAAAUCCGCCGCCCUGCCGGCCACUCCCGCCGUGGCCUCGUCAACCAAGUUCAGCGUGCGGACGACCGCGAAGGGGUCACCCAACGGCACCGCUCAGUCAAAUAAGCCAGCAUCUAUCGUGAAUAGCACCGGCGCCGUCAUCUCCCGGAGCCAGUCCAGCCUGGUGGAGGCUUUUAACAAGAUACUCAACAGCAAGAACCUGUUGCCCAGCUACAAGCCGGACCUGUCGGCGCCGCCGCCCCCCGAGUGGGGACUCCCGCUGCCGGCUUCCGGCUACCGCUGCCUGGAGUGCGGCGACGCCUUCGCUUUGGAGCGCAGCUUGGCGCGGCACUACGACCGGCGGUCCCUGCGUAUCGAGGUGACGUGUAACCACUGCGCCAAGCGGCUGGCCUUCUUCAACAAGUGCAGCCUUCUGCUGCACGCCCGCGAACACAAAGAGCGAGGCCUGGUCAUGCAGUGCUCGCACCUGGUCAUGAGGCCCGUCACCGUGGAGCAGAUGAUCGGACAGCAAGACGUCACGCCAGUCGGUAGUGUUCUUUCCUCUUCAUCCCCCUCCACUGCUACUUCGUCUGCUGCCGGAUCCAGCCCGAAGGACGGUGCUGCGGCGCCCGCCGGAGGUGCGCCCCGACAGGUCCGCCGCGCCCCCCAGGGCCCUCAGGCGCUGAUGCCACUGCCCUGCAAGAAAGCUGAGAACCUGCAGUACAACAACUACAAGUGUCCCGAGUGUCAGACGCAGUUCUCUGGCAAGGCGGCGCUCGUCACGCACUUCCAGCAGAUCAGAGCGACGCCAAAUUCGACGUGCUCCCAGUGCUCUCCGCCCAUGAUGCUGCCCAACUCGUGCGCCGUGUCCGCCCACCAGAGGAUCCACAAGCACAAGGCGCCCCACGUGUGCCCCGAGUGCGGGGGCGUGGCACGCCAGGCCAACUUCCAGACCCACCUGGAUGAGGCCUGCCUGCACUUUGCCAGGCGCAUCGGCUACAGGUGCUCCAGCUGCCAAGUGGUGUUUGGCGGCUUGAACUCCAUCAAGUCCCACAUCCAGACGGCCCAUUGCGAGGUGUUCCACAAAUGCCCCAGCUGCCCCAUGGCCUUCAAGUCGGCCCCGAGCGCCCAGAGCCACAUCGGCACGCAGCACCCGGCGCUCACCGGUGGUCAGGCCAAGAUGAUCUACAAGUGCGUGAUGUGCGACACGGUUUUCACCCAAAAGCCUUUGCUGUACAUGCACUUCGACACGCAUCUGGCCAAGCAGAAGGUGCACGUGUUCAAGUGUCCCGACUGCACCAAGCUGUAUGCCCAGAAAGGUUCCAUGAUGGAGCACAUCAAGACGGCGCACAGAGGGUCCGCGGCAAAACAAGAACCCGCUUCCGACACUCCCGCCGCCGCCGUUACCGCUGGCGGUCCCAAAAUCAAACCCUCCGCUAAGCCCGACAACUCAGACGGCGAGGACUGGGGGCGGGAUCAAGAGGAGGAAGAGGACGACGAUGAGGAGGAGGAAGACGACGAUGACGGGGAUGAAGACUACGAGGGGCCCGGCGCGGCGACACCCGGUGUCCCCACCGAGUGGACGUGCCCGCAGUGCCAGAGUACCUUCACCGACAACGACGACUACAUCAGUCACGUCAAGAUGGAGCACGGAAAGUUUCCGUGUCGCAUUUGCGGCGGGAACUUUAGCACGUCAUCCAGCCUGAGACGCCACGAGAGAGUCAUUCACGAGGGCAACAAAAGAGUCUUCCAUUGCCAGUAUUGCACGGAGGGCAAACGUACCUUUGGCAGCCGCUUCCUGCUGGACAAACACAUCCGGCUCAAACACAGAGGCACCGACGGACAGGCGGCCCCGGUGACGAGGAAGCGUGCUGCCACGAGCACAGAAGGUCCCGGCAGCUCCUCGGAGCAGGACGGCGAAGGCGCCGCUCCCGGUGGCAAGCCAGCGGACGAGGAGGAGAACGCGCCGGAGGAAGGCGAGGAAGUGGGCGCAGGCCCCGCCAAGAGGAGCCGAGCCGAGCCGGAGGAGGAGACCAGCAGCGUGUUCCGCUGCGUGCCGUGCGGAUUCUCCACGGAGGACGGCGCGGAGUUCCAGCGCCAUAUCCCGCAGCACCGUGCCGACACCGCCUCCUUCCAAUGCCUGCAGUGCGGCGUGUGCUUCGCCUCGGCCGGCUCGCUGGGUCGACACCGCUUCAUCAGCCACCGCGUGCGGGACGCCCAAGGCGAGGCCGACCGCGGCGCGGGACGAGCGUCUCCGGACGGCUCGCCCCGCGCCGGCGCCGCCUCGCCUCAAGCUUUGGGCGAGGACGCUGACGGCAACCUGAUCUGCAGGGUGUGCGGGCGUCGCUUCGACAAGGCGUCGGACCUCAACACUCACUUCCGGACCCACGGCAUGGCCUUCCUCACCGCGCACAAGACGGACAAGCCCCAGUAGGACACGACUAAGGCAGUCUAGAACAAGGGUUCCCAAAAUUUUCGGGUCCAGGGAAGAACAUUUCUGAGGUCCUUGGCAUUAUUCAAGCGCUAACUCAACCUUUCAUACCACUUCAAGAGUGUUAUGGAAAGCCACGUUCGGAUUUGCACUUAAAAAAAAAUAUGACUGCAACUUAUUUUGUGGACCCCCUGUUUUGAGAACCGCUGCUCUAGAAUGUUUUAACCAUCCUACGCUUGUUGCUGCAUGCCUGAACGUCCCUUCCUCCCUCCCUCCCCUUUUGGGUGAAACAUUUCUGCUGCACGGCUGCCAUUUUACUGACCUCCCCAGAACUUGGAUUUGUACUUGUAAUGUAAUAUUUAUUAUUGAUCAAAUACUGCUGCAAGCUGGCCAGGAUCAUUUGUGAUGUUGGUGUUCAGUAAGACAUUAGAAGGAAGAGGAAGGGGCUAGUAUGUGAUUUUUGUGAUGUAAAUACAUAAUUACACUACAAGAAAACAUAACUUGCUAUGAUAAUGUGAAUACAUGUAGUGUUUGUACUGUACUGUUCCUUUUUAUUCUAAAUAUCAAACAAGCACCCCACUAAGAAGAAAUCAAUGUCUAUCAAUACUCGCGUUUCUUUUCUAACAUUUGGGGGGGGGAAACAAACAAAAAAAACAUUGUCUUGUUUUUAUCUUUUUAUACAUGUGUCAUAUCAUAUUUAUAUAGAUGGAUGAUAAUAGUGGAACGUUCAAGUUUUCUUUCCCCAUGGUUGUGGUCUGCUUGCUGUAUACGCCAUACACUCACUUUUGUGCAGUUUUCAAAUAAAUGUUAAAAAGAGA